CGUCCAGGCGCGCGCACGCCCGAACGAGCGGCUUUCCCAUUUGCGUCUUCGCCGAGCUGCGUCCGUAGGAAGCGGCGAAUGGUUUGCGCUGGGAAUUAGCAUCUCUCUUCGUCCUGGUUGCGAUGACCUGAAGUCCCGUGGAUAGUGACCGGUCUGUUGUCUACAGGCAUUGCCCACAUUCCUUUUUCUUUGCGGGCCACGCUUUCUUCUGUCCUCCUGCCUGAUGCGGCUUCUUGUGCGAAUGCUAGGUGGAAAGAGAUGAAAACAAGCCCAGAUUUCUCUUGAGGGAAGGAUGAAUUGCUGCCUGCUACACAGAUUUUACUGAGUAAAAAUGAUCACUCAAUAAAAUUUAUCUACUAUGUGGAUAACUGUGUGUCCAUCCUCAUAAAAUAACUAUGGUCCCAAUGAGACAAAUGUAAAAAAAAAUAUCAAAAACUAUCUGGAAGCUGCUUUCAAAACUUGGAUGGAUGAAGCUCCAUCAUGUUGCAGUUCAGUGACUAAAUACAUCAACAUCAACAGUGAUGUCCAAAUAUAUUCCAGUUACAUCUUUUAUGGACAUACUUAGUAUCUAUGGAUAAGCAGCUACAUCAUGAGGAAAUGGAUACCAAUGCUUAACGCUCCAUUUCAUUAGCUCCAUGGAUGGUAUCAGUGUGAAAUUACUUUCACUAUUGCCCUUGAUAUAAACAUAAGCUGCAGUUAGAACUGCAAAAAAGCAAUGCAGUAUAAAACAAUAUUAAUCACUAAUGAAGGUUGCUGAAAACUGUUUACAAAGAAUUAUAGCCAGGUUAUUUUAAAUUAUAUAAUCUAUAUUCAGUAAACUUUAAAACAACAUUACCCAUUCAUUUUGUUACAGUUCUCAAUUCUAUUGAUAUUAGUUUUUCUAAUAUGUAGCUUAUACAGCUUUUAAUAUACUUACUUGAAAUCAUCGGUUUUUCAGAUUAGGUUAUAGACUUGGUUUUCAGUAUUAGUUAUUUUCCAAUAAAUAUAUUUAAGGCUAUUAAAAUCUAGCAUUAUAAAUAUGAAGUCACUAGGUCAGUUUUUUUCAAUCUUUUUGUUGUGGCAAGCACAAAGCCUCUGUGCAUACACAUAGUCCCAUACUCUGUCAAAGUAUGCUGCAAAUACUUUGUCAUGUUUCAGAUUUGUUGUUUUUAAUGUAACAUAGCAGCUACAUUGUUAUUUUUAUUAGAACUAGGAGUUUUUUCCAAAAUAAAAUUUGGAAUGAGAGUUUCUGAAGUUUUCUGUUUCCUCUUGUCUACUCAGCUAAUCUUUCUUCAGGUGAUUACGUCUUAGAAAUUAUCAACUACUGAAGCAUCCAUACAUUUUUUUUUCUGUUUAAUGUAGGCUAUUAGGUCUUGGACCUUCCUUCCUCUCAAUCUUCGGCAUGGGCCGACUCAUCCCUGGAAUUAUGAAAUACGAUUUUCUUGCUAUUUGUGAUUAGGAUUUUUGCCUAAAUCAAUCUGAGCAGCCUUUGGAACAAAACCAUUUUUUGCCAGCUAUUAGAUCAUAUUGGACCAUGCCUCUGAAUUUUGGCAAUAUAUUUGCAAAAAAUGAGUGGUAUAAUUUCCCACUAUUUUGAGGCAGGUAUUACAAAAAUGCCUGCAUUGCAGGCCCAAAGUAAGAUUAACAAUUUUUAAAAAAGAAAAUGUUUCAAUUCUGUCACCCAGUUUCCCUUUCCCAACAUUGCCUAUGUGCCUGAUGCAGAUUUACUUACUUUGUUUCAUAGUUUCAUCCUUUAAAAAGUGGCAAUAAUGAGUUGCAUUAAAAUUACAACUGCUUUAUUUAGUUGACUGCCUAAAAUCUUUUAGAGGGGAAAAAAAUAACAAUAAAAACUAGAAUAAUGUGGCUGCAUAAGUGUUCAUGCCAUAUUAUAGAUAGGUAUGUGGCUGUGGUCAAAGUUAACAAAUCACAUUCAAACUGAUGGUAAAUAGUAGUCAAUACACCCCUGCCAUCAAUUAAAAUGACUUUGACCAAGCCCAUAUAAAGUUCAGUUCUAGUAGGAUUUUAUGACAUUUAACUCAGUUGCCCCUUACAGCAGCCAUGAUUACAAAGAGCUUACAAAGCAUCAAGGGGAUCUCAUUGGAUGAUAUCAGUCAGGAGAAGGGCACAAAAAUUUUCCAAGGUAUUGGCUACACCAUGGAGCACAAUGAAGACAGUCACCAACAAGUCAAGAAAAUAUAACAUAACACUGAUGUUACCAAGAACUUAAUGUCCCUCCAAAAUUGUUGACAAAGUAAGAAGAAAACUGGUCCAAGGGGACUACUUAGACUACUGCUAAGAGGACUACAGCAACAUUAAAGGAGUUUGCAGUAAUUUCUGCAAUUUGUGUACUACAUGUGAAAAUAAUCUCCAGUAUGCUUCCUAUGUCUGGGCUGUGGGUUAGGGUGGCAAAACAGACACUUACAAAGAAAACAUCUAAACCCAGUUAUGUUUUGCAAAACCCUACAUCAAAUUUGACAAAGGCGUGUAAGCAAAUGUGUUAUGAUCUGAUGAGACAAAGGUUGAAUUUUUUGGCCAUAAUUCCAAAAAGUAUAGCACAAAAACAACAUUGCGCAACAUCAAAAGUACACCAUACCCACAGUGAUAUAUGAUGGUGGCAACAUUAUGCUUUGCAGCUGCUUUUCUUCCUCUGGAACUGCAACUUUAGUCAAGGUGAAAGGAAUUAUGAACAGUUCCAAAUAUCAGUGAAUUUUGGCACAAAACCUUCAGGCCUCUACUAAAAUGCUGAAAAGGAAGAGGAAUUCACCUUUCAACUCAACAUCAACUCAAAGCAUACUACCAAAUCAAUAAAAGAAUUAUUUCAUCAGAAGAAAAUUAAAGUUUUUGAAUAAUCCAGCCAGAACUCGAACCUAAAUCCAAUUGAAAAUCAGUGGAGUGAUCUGGAGAGGGCUGUGUACAGGAGAUAUCCUCACAAUUUGACAGAUUUGGAGUCUUUUUCAAGGAAGAGAAAGAUCACUACAACUGUAAACCCACUGAAGCAAAAUAUGGAAUGGAUCUCACCAGUGACUGAAUUGAGCCAAACAAACAGUAUUGACAGUAGCUUGAAAAUCACCAGUUAGCAGUUUCUUCACGCUCCAGUACCACACAGCACUUUCCAGAGAGAACUCAUUGUGUGCACAAAAUCAGCUUUUAAAUCUGCUCACUACCUUUCAGCUUUGUCUAAUUAAAAUAGUUUUAACCGGGAACCCUAACUACAAGAGUACUUGGAGAAAAAUGGCAUUGGAUGAAUAUUUGUGGAUGGUCAUUGCGGGUUUUAUCAUUGCUUUUAUCUUGGCAUUUUCAGUUGGAGCAAAUGAUGUUGCCAAUUCUUUUGGUACUGCUGUGGGUUCUGGUGUAGUUACUUUGCGCCAAGCCUGCAUCCUCGCUUCAAUUUUUGAAACUACUGGUUCAGUAUUGCUAGGAGCAAAAGUAGGUGAAACUAUUCGUAAAGGUAUAAUUGAUGUGAACUUGUAUGACAACUCAACAGGUCUACUUAUGGCUGGAGAAGUCAGUGCAAUGGCUGGAUCUGCUGUUUGGCAGCUGAUAGCAUCAUUUUUGAAGCUUCCAAUAUCUGGAACUCAUUGUAUAGUGGGUUCAACCAUUGGUUUCUCAUUAGUUGCAAUUGGCACACAAGGAGUCCAAUGGAUGGAACUUGUCAAGAUUGUUGCUUCCUGGUUUAUCUCCCCACUACUAUCUGGUAUGAUGUCUGGUGCACUGUUUCUCUUGAUCAGAUUUUUCAUCUUAAAUAAGGAAGAUCCAGUACCAAAUGGUCUCCGUGCUCUUCCAGUAUUUUAUGCUGCUACAAUAACUAUUAAUGUGUUCUCCAUAAUGUAUACAGGUGCUCCAGUCCUAGGAAUUACACUUCCAAUAUGGGCAAUAGCACUGGUAUCAAUUGGUGUAUCUAUUGUAUUUGCUGCCUUGGUAUGGAUAUUUGUAUGUCCAUGGAUGAAAAGAAAAAUAGCAAGUCGUUUAAAGAAAGAAAGUGCACUAUCAAAAAUAUCUGAUGAAAGCAUUGACAAAAUUCAAGAAGAGGAUAUGCCUGUCUUUAAAGAACUUCCUGGUGUAAAAGAAAGUGAUGAAAGUACUAUUCCCCUGACUAGCUGUGGAACAGAAGAUGCUGGCGUAUCAGAUAAUAUAGCAAAUGGUAGUCAUCCACGUGUACCAUAUGCUAGCAAUGCUAUAGGCCCUUUGGUUGCCCUCUGGCUUAUAUACGAUCAGGGUCGUGUAAUGCAAGAUUCUCCUACUCCUGUUUGGCUGCUACUGUAUGGGGGAAUUGGCAUCUGUGUAGGCCUCUGGGUUUGGGGACGAAGAGUGAUCCAAACAAUGGGAAAAGACCUCACACCUAUCACACCAUCAAGUGGUUUCACUAUUGAGUUGGCUUCGGCGUUCACAGUUGUGAUAGCUUCCAAUGUUGGACUUCCUGUCAGUACUACACACUGCAAGGUUGGUUCUGUGGUAGCUGUUGGUUGGAUACGAUCCAAGAAGGCUGUUGACUGGCAUCUCUUCCGCAAUAUCUUUCUAGCUUGGUUUGUGACUGUUCCUGUAGCUGGCUUAUUCAGUGCUGGCAUUAUGGCAAUCUUAAUGUAUGGAAUAUUACCAUAUGUCUGAUACAUCACUGUUCUUUCCAGAAAAAAGGGAGUAUCUCUUUUAAGUCUCGUCCUCAGAUUGCAGAACUCCCUGAUCAACUAUACAGUAAGAGAUAGUCUGCAAGUCAUUUAUCCUCAGUAUCUAACAUCUACUGUACAUACUAUGAGUAUCUUUGGUGCCAUUUCUUCUGUACAAUGUGUGUGUGUGUGUCUCUGUGUCUGUGUGUGUGUCUGUGUGUGUAUAUAGACACGCACCCAUAUACAUACACGCUUGUAGUUGAUAAUACUACCUUAAAUUAUAAGUGAGAUAAAAAUAAUUGCCUAGAACUUAAUCUCUAGUAAAACCUGUAUAUAAUGUAUCAUUUAGUGGUGAUUUUUAAACCCAUUAGAGAAGCUGGGACAUUUGUCAAUAUAAUAAUAUAUGAUAAAGCAAAAUGUAAACUGAGUAAGAUUCUUUUUUGAAAAAAAGUUUAAUGAUACUGAAACAAAAUAAUACGGAAGUACAUUGGUAAAAUGUGGUUCAUAUCAUAUUGUUGUGUAUAAUACUGUAUGAACAUUGAUUUUAUAAAUACUUCUAAAAUGUAGCUUUUUAAUGUUGCAUUUCCCUUAUAUAUUUUGGAUAAGAAAGUUUAGACAGUACCAAAGAAGAGGAAUAGCUUGACAGUAUUAUACUGUUUGUCAGUAUGUAUAUUUGCUAUUACUCUCCUUCCCUAUAUAUUUUAUUUAGCAUUCUUUUCUAUUCAUCAAACACCAGCAAUGCCAAGAUAAUAUUAAUAUUUUCCUGUAAGUAGAAAAGCAUCAUAUUGUUGCAGUUACCUAUUACCUACUGCAUUUAUUUUUUUAGAAAUCCAACUCUGCUUUUAUAUAUGAUGAGUUCAAAUUUCUUUUAAAAGAUAUUUGCCAUCACUUGUAAGUGAUUCUUAUUCUGGUUCAUUACCAUCAAUCUAAUGAACAAGUUCAGGAAAAGAAAGAUGAAACUGAAAUUCUGCCUUGUUUCUAUGAUUACAUCCAGUAAAUCUCAUCUAUGCAGUGGAAUUGAGCAAUUCUGGCAGUGUGCACAGAAAUUCUGGCAGUGUGCACAGACAUUUCAAUAUCUAAAGAAAAAGGGAAGUACUCAAGUAAGAGGUGUUUGGUUGUUAAAACUGGCACUGUGGAGAGCUUUUAAUAUCAAUGCUAACUCCAAGAAGCAUUUGGAAGGAUUAGUUCUGAUACUAACAGUUGGUGAAGUGAAAUCUGCUGCAAGGUCAUUUUUGUCUUUUGAUAACAUCUCAAUGUAGCAGUCAUCUCAGGCCAAACUAGGAGAAGUUACUGCUGACUUGGAAACAUCCACAGCAUGCUGUUCAUUAGAACACAGGAUGUCAACCAAGAGUGGAAAUAUUGAUAAUGCUGCAGUUCCCGCAUGCAUUGCUAAGAUAAUUUAACAGGUUGUAUGAGAAAUUAGUUUUUACUUUUUGAGAAAUUAUCUUAGUUUGCCAGUCUUGUUUGUUUUAUAAAAUGAAGAUAUUAGUAGAUAAAUUAUCAAAAAAGCUGCAAAUUGCUGUAAUUCAUUGUCUAUGCAUCUAAUAAGGUGUUUUCAGAGCAGUUAAGAGACAAUAUUUGGUGUCCUUUUAUUGCUAUGGAAUUCUGAAGCAUUAGCAUUUGAGAAAUUCUCUGGCAUUAAUCACAAUGUUUGUACAACUCUUGUGUUUUUUCUCAGAAGUCUGCUCUGUCGUUUAAAACUUAUUGCUAUAGUUGUAUUUACUGGAAAGAAUUUGAGGAAGCAUUGCUUGAAGAAUGUUGGGAGCCCAGAACUGUUGAAAUGCUGCUAAAAUUUUGAUAUAUGAGCUUUCUUGGUACUCCAUUGUCAUCCUUUUUCAUUGGUCAUUCACUCUAAAUUUAUAAUAAAAGAAUAAAUUGC